AUGAACCGUUAUUCUCUAUUAUUCUUCUUGGCGAUUGUAUAUGUCGCCCACUGCUAUAAUGUUCCGAAUGUGAAGGAGAAAUCAAAAUGGAAUACAACUUCCGUUGAGCAUGUUCCUACUGAAUUGAGUUUUGAAGAGAAGUUGUAUAGCCGUUACGCACGGGCUGCUGUUCAAACCGGUGGUGGAGUAAGUAGCUUUAAGAGUGACAGUACAACGAAUAGCUAUCCUACAAGUAGUGACUCUUUGUCCUCUGCUUCCCCAAAUUCUGGUAGUACUUCGUAUAGCAGCACUCCGCCUUUUUCCUCAUUGAGUUCAUCCACGACGUCCGAUUCGUCUUCCUCAUCUGUAGGUUCGACAGGUACCAGUGCAACUUCAGAUGCAUUUUUUUCAACUCCUUCAUCUUCGCAAGAGAAUUCUUUUUCUUCUACUUCGUCGAGUCCUAGCAGUUCUACGUCUGAUUCUUCUACUAGCAGCAGCGAACCGUCUAGCUCUUCCGUAUUCUCAACUAGCAGCAGUAGUAGUGAAAGCAGCUCCAGUUUUUCCUCAAGUGCUUCUAUUUCAUCGUCAUCCUCUUCACAAUUUUCUUUGAGCCCAUCUUCAUCUACCUCAUCACCUAGUUCUUCGUCAUCUGUCUUUUCGAGCCCUAGCUCAUCAUCCGACUUCACUAUUAGAUCUUCUUCAUCGCCUUCUUUUUCCUCUUCAUCGUCGUCUCCUUCUUCUUCUUCUUCGAGUCCCGUUUCUUCUACGGUCGAUAAAUCAUCAUCGUCUUCUUACUAUCCUUUCAAUUCAAGCUCUAAGUCUUCCACGUCACGCUCAUCAUCUUCUAAAAAAUCUAGCUCGAUGCCUUCAUCUUCGAGUGAGUUUACAACGACUAGAUCAUCCAGCAGGAGACUAUCUUCAAGUUCUGCUUCAUCUUCGAGUACUACUCAAUCGACGUCUUCAUCGGUACGCUUAAAGUCAUCUUCUCAACAAGCAAGCGUUACACGCAUUACUAGUGCACACAGGACUUACCGACCAUCUACUAUUUACAAGGUAACUGUCGCGACUAUAAAUGGACGCACAAGCACUUAUAAGUCAAAGUCGACAGAUUCAAGUGUUUUAUUAGUUGUUGUGGAUAGCUCAUCCAAUUCUUUAACUUCAUCAACUAAGUUUUAUGGAGUUGGAGCUUUAGCUUCCGCCUUUUGUUUUGCAAGCCUUGCUAUUUUUAUUUUAAUGUGA